CCGGCGGCUUCGGCAUUGUUUACUUCCGGAGCGUUCGCUUGUCGUUGAGCGGUGGCCAUGGUUUUAGGGUUGUGAUAUAUCUCGACUGCAGUUAAGAUAGAAAUAUAAGCAACUAAUACUUUCCAUAUUCGCAGCGGUAUAGCCACAUAUUCAGGACCAAAAUGGCGGAGGAUGUCCAGAAACACUCGGUCCACACGCUGGUCUUCAGGUCCCUCAAAAGGACCCAUGAUAUGUUUGUGUCUGACCAUGCGAAACCAGUCUCUCUGGACGACCAAAGUCACAAUGUGAAAAUGGCUGCAAAACUGAAAGCAGAUUAUGGUGCGGUGUUACACAUGCCAGUCCUGAAGGAAGGGAAGGACAGAGUCUCACACAUCAGCGCUGGCAUGCAAGGCCAUCAGAGCUACACACUACCAGAUGACCCAGAAUACCUGAUCACUGGGACACACGCCUACCCCUCUGGACCUGGAGUGGCCUUGACUGCCGACACAAAGGUGCACAGGAUGCCUAGUGAGGGAGGAGUGCAGUCCCUGGCACUGGCCUUACCGCCCUCGCAGGCCAGGCAGGACGCCAGCCGCACUGCUGCCAGCAUCGGGGACAUCCACAGACAUGCAGGAGCAGCAGAGAGAUCCCAACCAAAUGCUGUGUCACUCAUGGAAGGUGGAGGCACCAGAAACUCUGCGCUCAUGAGAAAAGCGCCAACCAUGCCUAAACCCCAGUGGCAUCCACCAUGGAAACUGUUUCGGGUCAUCAGUGGCCACCUCGGCUGGGUGAGGUCCAUAGCUGUGGAGCCAGGGAAUCAGUGGUUUGUCACAGGCUCUGCUGACAGAACCAUAAAGAUCUGGGACCUGGCCAGUGGGAAGCUGAAACUCUCCCUAACUGGACACAUCAGUACGGUUCGUGGUGUGGCGGUCAGCAGCCGCAGCCCCUACCUCUUCUCCUGUGGGGAGGACAAGCAGGUCAAGUGUUGGGAUCUGGAGUACAACAAGGUCAUCAGGCACUACCACGGGCACUUGAGUGCUGUGUAUGACUUGGACCUUCAUCCCUCCAUCGAUGUGCUGGUGACAUGCAGCAGAGAUGCCACAGCAAGGGUGUGGGACAUUAGGACAAAAGCCAAUGUGCACACCCUGUCUGGCCACACCAACACAGUGGCCACAGUAAGAUGCCAGGCAGCAGAGCCACAAAUCAUUACUGGCAGCCACGACUCAACCAUCAGGCUGUGGGAUCUGAUCGCUGGGAAGACCAGAGCCACUCUCACCAACCAUAAGAAGUCUGUCCGAGCGCUGGUGUUACACCCCAGACAAUACACAUUUGCCUCGGGCUCUGCUGACAACAUCAAACAGUGGAUGUUCCCAGAUGGCAACUUCAUCCAGAAUCUGUCUGGUCACAACGCCAUUAUCAACACUCUAGCUGUCAACUCUGAUGGCGUGUUGGUGUCCGGAGCUGACAAUGGAACCAUCCACAUGUGGGAUUGGAGAACAGGCUACAACUUCCAGCGGAUUCACGCCGCUGUGCAGCCUGGAUCCCUGGACAGCGAAUCGGGGAUCUUUGCCUGUGUGUUCGACCACUCAGAGAGCAGACUGAUCACCGCUGAGGCCGACAAGACCAUCAAAGUAUACAAGGAGGAUGACACAGCUACAGAAGAAAGCCACCCAGUCAACUGGAAACCAGAGAUCCUUAAGAGGAAAAGAUUCUAAAGAUUUUUUUGUUUUGUUUCAUUCAUUUCAUUCAUACUGUCGCAGAAACCAUUUUGAAAAAUGUUGCUGUAGAUGUACCCAUAAGUUUCGCAGGGCAAUGCUUACUCGUAAGACAAACACUUCCAUAACAAAUACUACUUUGAUAGUCACCGCCACCUGCUGGGUAGAAGAAAAAGUUCAUCCAGUGUUCCUCUAUUCUAAAAACCAUUUGCAUUCUUCAUUGUAUGAUGUCAGUCCAAUAAAGCUGCUGUCUUGGACUGCCAGGAACCUCCCAGAAUGUUUGUUCUUAAUGAUGACGGCUCUGUGAUUGCUCUGGUCCAUCUGGUCCACCAACAGCAGCCACUCCUCAGCCUCAGAGGGCCUGGCUGUCGAGUACACGUGGUCCCCGCUGGGGUCAAAGCCUGCAACAGGAAAAACAGUAUGUCCUCUCUGUUUGUAAUGCCAUGCCCUGAAAUGAUUUGUUUUGUAGUGACCCAACAGACUCGCCAAGUGUACAUAUAGGGAAUCAAAAUGUCCCUUUCUCUGGCUUACAAUGUGAUGUUUAUAUUGCUACAUUAAUAAAGAGAGCAUUUUUUUCACAUCC